CCUUGCCUUGCCUUGCCUUGCCUUGCCUUGCCUUGCCUUUUAAAGGCGUCACGAAUCGUUUUCGUUCAGCAAGGUGCAAUAAAUGCACCUUUCCCUCGGAAUCUUUCCGCCAACGUGAAAGCCUUCGAAACGCAGUUGUAUUCGAUACGCAUUCAUCGAUCGAACGUGAAUAAAUCAGUAUCUCUUGUUCUGCGUGUAUCUUUCAAAUUAAAAAACAGCAGUUUCCUUUGUUACAUUGUAUAAUGUACCGAAUAUUGUAGACAUAUUUUAAAAAUUAAGUGACCAUUAUGUUCCAGUAUUAUUUUCUGUUUAGUCAACAUUUUGCAACAAGAAAAAGACAUUUCAUGUAUGAAUUCAUAAGUAUCAGCACAUAAAAAGUUCUAAAUAAAAUUUAUAUAGUACUUUCAACAAGUUUCUUCAACAUGGAUAUAUUUUAGAUAAAUUUUCCACUUUUCUGGUCUAUUAAAAUAAAUAAUUGGAAGGAAAAAUAAAUUAAAAGCAGUAUACAUUUGGUUCUGUAUAAGUUGACACGAUUUAUGGCGCUUGCGUAGAUUUUUAAUUUCCUGUAAUUAAUAUGUAUACAAGUAUGUGUUUGUGUAUAAUAUGUGAUUUUUUUAAACAAAAUAUCUAAGCAUAAGUAUUAUAAUGACAAGUAUUUCAAGAUACCCUGGAUAUCAUAAUAGUAUAAGUCAAGACUAUUUAACAGAUGGAAAUGAAAGUCAUUGUGCUUCAUCGGAUCGUACUAUAUCUGAAUAUAUUGUAUCCAAUGAGCAUACUACAAUGGUAAAGCCAAUGAAAAAGGAUCAUCCAGAAAGAUAUGAGAAAGAAAGAAGACAGUUGCAAAAUAUACCGAAUAGUCGUGGUUCAGUAUUAUCUGGAUCUUCAAGACAUAGUCUUCAUCCUCUCAAUAAAAGUACUUCGCACGGUAGUAUAUGUGACAAUGGUUCAGAUAUAUAUGUUACAAGUGCUGCAUACAGAACAACUUCAGACAUAAGUCAUAUGUCACCUCACAGUUUAACUCCAAGUUCAAGAUUGGGUCAUCGAGCAGCUAGUCAUUGUAGUUAUGGUUCUGCAAAAUCAGUAAAAUCUCAUACAUCUAAAAAAAAUGGUAUAAUUAUAGAAACUAUGUCAACGCCUAAUCCUUUUUGUCCAAACACCAAGGGGGUUUGCUGCCUUAUGCUACUGAUCAAUCUUGGUUUAAUUCUUGUUGCGUUAGGAUUUGUUAUAGUAAUUCAAUUUUUUCAACCAUUAAUAGUUUGGAUUUUGGGAAUUGUAUUUCUGGUAUUUGGAUUUUUAACUUUAAUAGGGAGUCUUGUAUACUGCGUACAUGUAUUUCGAAAUGCAAAGCAUCCACAUGAUAUUAAUCCAGAAGAUCUUUACUGGACAAGAUAUUGGCAAGGACACGUAGGUUCAACACCAGAAGUAUAUUAUAAAGCAGAAGAUAAAUAUCACGAUGAUGGAUAUAGCGAUCGUUUGAGCAAGUAUUCUAAUAAAUAUUACGACCGUCAAAAAUAUUAAAACUAAUAACGUGUAUUUAAUGCAAUAUUCAGGGUGUUUAAAUUAUCUACCUAACUUUUGUACAAAUUAAUUUCAAAGUAAAAAAGGAAAAAAAAGGAAAAUACAUAACUGUACCUAUAAAUAUUACUAACUUAGCAGUAUAACUUAUAAAAAUAUAUUUUAUAUGAAAUUAUAACUGUUAUUUAUUUUAUAUACUUAUAAUAAAUAUUAUCUGUAUGAUAUAUUUCUAAUUAUAAUACAAUCACAUUUUUAGUUUAUAUACAAGUAAUGGCAAAAAUAAAACAAUUAUUGAAUAAAUGUCA